AUGGCAGGUUCCAAGGCGGAAUUUCCCAAGGAUCUCUUGGACCAGAUCAAGUACAUUGAGGAGCUUUUCACAGUUGAAACUCCAAAGCUCAAGGAGAUCUCUGAUCACUUUGUCAAUGAGCUUGCCAAAGGACUCAGCGUCGAGGGGGGGAGCAUCCCAAUGAACCCAACUUGGGUCAUGUCCUACCCCGAUGGAUACGAGACGGGCACAUUUCUGGCCCUCGACAUGGGUGGCACGAAUUUGAGAGUUUGCGAGAUCACGCUGACAGAUCAGAAAUCGGAGUUUGAUAUCAUCCAAUCCAAGUACCGCAUGCCCGAUGAACUCAAGACAGGCAGCAGCGAAGAGCUUUGGGAAUAUAUUGCCGACUGCUUGCAUCAAUUCGUCGAGACCCACCACGGCGACUGCAGCAAGCUGGACUCGAUCCCCCUUGGAUUCACCUUUUCGUAUCCGGCUACCCAGAAUUACAUCGAUGAGGGUAUCCUUCAACGAUGGACCAAGGGCUUUGACAUUUCCGGCGUCGAGGGCAAAAAUGUUGUACCCAUGUUCGAGGCUGCUCUGGCUAAGCGAGGUGUUCCCAUCAAGCUGACCGCCUUGAUCAAUGACACUACUGGCACACUUAUCGCCUCUGCAUACACCGAUACCAAGAUGAAGAUUGGAUGCAUCUUCGGAACCGGCUGUAAUGCCGCCUACAUGGAGAACGCGGGCUCCAUUCCCAAGCUCGCCCACAUGAACCUCCCACCCGACACCCCGAUGGCCAUCAACUGUGAGUGGGGAGCCUUUGAUAACGAGCACAAGGUUCUGCCACGAACUCCGUACGACCUCAUCAUUGACCGUGACUCCCCUCGCCCCGGACAGCAAGCCUUCGAGAAGAUGAUUGCUGGAUUAUAUCUUGGAGAGAUCUUCCGUCUCGUGCUGGUAGACUUGCACGAUAACAAAGAUAUCCACAUCUUUGAAGGCCAAGACAUUUCUGCGCUCCGAAGGCCUUACAGCCUGGAUGCCUCAUUCCUGUCAGCCGUUGAAGAGGACCCAUUCGAGAAUCUUCAAGAGACGUAUGAUAGCUUCGUCGCAAGGCUCAACAUCAAGUGUACUCUGCCGGAGCUUGAAUUCAUCCGACGACUUGCUGAGUUGAUUGGCACACGCGCUGCUCGCCUCUCUGCAUGCGGCGUGGCUGCUGUAUGCAAGAAGAAGGGAUACCAGUCGUGCCACGUGGGUGCAGAUGGUUCGGUGUUUAACAAAUACCCCCAUUUCAAGGCUCGUGGUGCUGUGGCCCUGCGGGAGAUUCUUGAUUGGCCUGCGAAAUCGAACCCUAAGGAAGAAGAUCCUGUCGAGAUUCUCGCUGCCGAAGACGGUAGCGGUGUUGGUGCCGCCCUCAUUGCUGCCCUUACUCUCAAGCGAGUUAAGGAAGGCAACAUGGCCGGUAUCCUGCACCCCGAGAAUUUCAAAUAA